AUGAAGACAAGAGGAACACGGCGUGCAAAACAGUCGAAGUCUCGAGAGUCAGAGCAAAAGAAAGAUGUGACAGCUUUACAGACGACUCGUCAGAGUCAGAGAUUGAGAGAAAAAAAUCAAAGUCGAAACGUAGAAGAGACAAACGAUCACGAUCAAGAAACAAGAAAAAAUCAAGAGUCAAGAAAACGAAAAAACAAAAGCGAAGAAGACAGUCAACCUCCUCGGAAAGCGAUCCAACAACAGAAAGCUCAAUCACCGAAGAAUCCACCUCUCAAGGAUCAGAAAUCACCGAAGAAUCAGAGCUCACUGGAGGAUCAGAUUCAAGCCCUCUACGAAAACGUAGCAAGUGCUCCAGCCUUCUCAGCGAAAGUAGCGGAGUAUCUCCGGAAGAAUAAAAUUCAUAGCACCCAUCGAAGAAUCGUUAAAAAGCGAUUUCCUCGAAGAAGAAUUAUCGUCGACACAAAGUUUAAAAUCUUCAUGGGUGAUCUCAUAGUCUAUAAAGGCUACAAAUUUUCCAAUCGUCACAAUGUCUACAUUCUUCUUAUAAUCGACUGUUUUUCUCGCUUUGUCUGGACACGACCUCUAAAAACUAAAGGAAAAAUUGAUGUUGCAAAUGCUCUCAAUGAUAUAUUUCAAGAUUUACCUGAAUGGCCCAAUUCUCUGAUAACUGACGAAGGCUUAGAGUUCUACAACUCUAAUGUGAAAAAGAUUCUUGAUCGUUAUGGACUCCAUCAUUACAGUAUCAAAACAAAGAUGAAAGCAAGCAUAGCGGAGCGUGCAAUCCAAACCAUAAAGAAAAGACUUCAGCUUUAUAUGAAGACCAACAAAACAAAAAAUUGGAUAGAUGCGCUGCCUCAAAUUAUCAAAGGAUAUAACUCUACACCACACCGCUCGAUUGGAAUGGCGCCUAGCCAAGUGACGCAAGAAAACAGAGCACGGGUCUUCGCUAACCUCUAUCCAGAUAUCGACUUGAAAGUGAAACCAAGGCUCAAAAUUGGAAACGUUGUUCGAAAGAAAAUUAAAAAAGACAUAUUUGAGAAGGGUUAUACGGAAAAUUGGUCUGAAGAGAUUUACGUCGUUGCAGAUAUUCGCCAGCGUGCUGGAAUCGUUUGGUACAAAAUCGCCGACGAAGAAGGCAAACGUCAGCCGGGUAUCAAAUAUUACUUUGAGUUGAAUUAUGUCUGCGAAGAUAUUGAAUCUCUACGGGACAAAAAAAGAGUUGAAAGUGCCUGA